UAGUAGUUGCUCGAUUUCGUUUGGCUUUGGACUCCAAAGGACCAAGCCGGGUAAUGGAGUUCUGUCUAGAUCUCUAUUAACAGCGGCUUCGAGUCGACCUUGUUUGAUAAUGCAUGCGAACCAGAAGUUACAGAACAACCGUCGUUCCUUCUCUCUUAAUGAUCGAAAACGAUUUUGCAUUUUUGCUUUGUAGCUCUACGGAAGAGAUCUGAACGAGAAAGGAAGAAGUUUGAGAAACAAGAAUGCUUCGAUUGAGAGCUUUCCGUCCGUCAAGCGACAAAAUCGUGAAGAUUCAGCUACACCCGACGCACCCGUGGCUCGUUACUGCAGACGCGUCGGAUCAUGUCUCUGUCUGGAAUUGGGAGCAUCGACAGGUGAUCUAUGAGUUAAAAGCUGGUGGCAUCGAUGAGAGGCGUUUGGUUGGAGCGAAGCUGGAGAAGCUCGCCGAGGGAGAAUCAGAGUCUAAAGCAAAACCAACGGAAGCCAUGCGGGGUGGGAGUGUUAAGCAGGUUAAUUUUUAUGAUGACGAUGUGCGAUUUUGGCAACUUUGGCGUAACCGCUCUGCUGCUGCUGAGGCACCAUCUCCAGUGAGCCAGCAUGCCUCAGCUUUUAGUUCUCCUGCCCCAUCCACAAAGGGAAGACAUUUUCUUGUCAUUUGCUGUGAAAAUAAAGCCAUAUUCUUGGAUUUGGUCACAAUGCGAGGACGUGAUGUUCCAAAGCAAGACCUCGAUAAUAAGUCUCUCCUCUGUAUGGAGUUCCUCUCUAGAUCAGCAGGUGGUGAUGGCCCUCUUAUUGCUUUUGGUGGAUCAGAUGGUGUAAUUAGAGUUCUUUCAAUGAUAACAUGGAAGCUUGUUAGAAGGUACAUGGGAGGUCAUAAGGGAUCUAUAUCUUGCUUGAUGACAUUCAUGGCUUCUUCUGGCGAGGCGCUUCUGGUGUCUGGUGGUAGUGACGGUCUGCUUAUACUAUGGAGUGCUGAUCAUGGUCAAGAUUCACGGGAACUUGUUCCAAAGUUGAGUUUGAAGGCACAUGAUGGUGGGGUUGUGGCUGUUGAGCUUUCUAGGGUGAUGGGAGGUGCACCGCAAUUGAUAACCAUUGGUUCAGAUAAGACAUUAGCCAUCUGGGAUACUAUCUCUUUUAAGGAAUUGAGGCGUAUUAAACCUGUUCCGAAACUGGCUUGCCAUAGUGUGGCAUCUUGGUGCCACCCUCGAGCUCCUAAUCUUGACAUCUUAACUUGUGUUAAGGAUUCUCAUAUUUGGGCAAUUGAACAUCCAACUUAUUCAGCUCUUACGAGGCCAUUGUGUGAACUUUCUUCGCUUGUUCCUCCACUAGUACUUGCACCAAACAAGAAACUUAGGGUUUACUGCAUGGUUGCACAUCCUUUACAACCACACCUUGUUGCUACUGGAACCAAUAUUGGUGUUAUUCUCAGUGAGUUUGAUGCAAGAUCUCUUCCAGCUGUUGCUCCUUUACCAACACCACCAGGCAGCAGAGAACACUCUGCUGUAUAUGUUGUUGAAAGAGAAUUGAAGUUACUAAGCUUUCAGUUAUCUAACACAGCAAAUCCAUCUCUUGGAAGUACAAGUACCUUAUCUGAAACAGGAAGGUCCAGGGCAGAGUCAUUGGAACCAUUGCAUGUGAAGCAGAUUAAGAAGCACAUUAGCACACCUGUUCCACAUGAUUCGUAUUCUGUUCUUUCUGUGAGCAGUUCGGGAAAGUACCUUGCAAUUGUGUGGCCUGAUAUCCCUUAUUUUUCUGUAUACAAGGUUAGUGAUUGGUCAGUUGUUGAUUCAGGGUCUGGAAGGCUUUUUGCUUGGGAUGCAUGCCGUGAUAGAUUUUCUUUGGUAGAAUCUGCUUUACCUCCUAGAAUGCCAGUAAUGCCUAAAGGUGGUUCAUCAAAGAAAGCGAAAGAAGCUGCUGCUGCUGCAGCACAAGCAGCAGCAGCUGUUGCUAGUGCAGCUUCUGCAGCUACUGUUCAAGUGAGAAUCUUGUUGGAUGAUGGAACAUCAAAUAUUUUAACAAGGUCUAUAGAUGGCCGCAGUGAACCGGUGAUUGGUUUGCAUGGUGGUGCACUGCUUGGUGUUUCAUAUCGAACGUCGCGGAGGAUAAGCCCUGGGGCUGCAACAGCUAUUUCAACAAUUCAAUCAAUGCCAUUAUCUGGGUUUGGCAAUUCUGGCCUUUCUUCUUUUACUGCAGCUGAUGAUGCAUUUGCUUCGAACAGAUCUGUUGUGGAAGCAGCACCUCAAAACUUUCAACUGUAUAGCUGGGAAACUUUUCAACCUGUAAGUGGGCUUCUUUCACAGCCAGAAUGGACUGCAUGGGACCAAACUGUUGAGUAUUGUGCUUUUGCGUACCACCAGUACAUUGUCAUCUCUUCCUUGCGCCCUCAAUAUAGAUAUCUAGGGGAUGUUGCCAUUUCAUAUGCUACUGGUGGUGUUUGGCACCGGAGACAACUAUUUGUGGCUACACCAACAACCAUUGAGUGUGUCUUUGUGGAUGCUGGAGUUGCACCUAUUGAUAUAGAAACAAAAAAGAGAAAAGAAGAGAUGAAAAUCAAAGAGGCACAAGCAAGAUCUGUUGCUGAGCAUGGAGAAUUAGCACUCAUCACAGUUGAUGGUCCACAAGUUGUCACACAAGAAAGGAUUUCAUUAAGGCCUCCGAUGCUGCAGGUAGUGCGGUUAGCAUCCUUUCAGAAUGCUCCUUCUGUGCCACCAUUUUUAUCAUUACCAAAACAAUCUAAAGUAGAUUCAGAGGAUACUAUACUGUCAAAAGAGAUGGAAGAAAGAAAAACUAAUGAGAUAGCUGUUGGUGGUGGAGGGGUAUCAGUUGCAGUAACACGUUUUCCUGCAGAACAGAAACGGCCAGUAGGACCUCUUGUUGUGGUGGGUGUUAGAGAUUCAGUACUUUGGCUCAUUGACAGGUACAUGUGUGCCCAUGCUUUGUCUCUUAACCAUCCCGGUAUUCGUUGCCGCUGUCUUGCUGCCUAUGGAGAUGCAGUUAGUGCAGUGAAAUGGGCAAGUAGGCUUGGUAGAGAGCACCAUGAUGAUUUAGCACAAUUCAUGCUUGGGAUGGGUUAUGCUACAGAAGCACUUCACUUGCCUGGAAUAUCUAAGAGGUUGGAGUUUGAUCUUGCCAUGCAGAGCAAUGAUUUGAAAAGAGCUCUUCAGUGCCUCUUGACAAUGAGCAAUAGCAGAGAUAUUGGGCAAGAAACAACAGGGCUAGAUGUAACUAACAUUCUGAGUUUAACAGCUAAACAGGAAAACUUGGUGGAUUCUGUCCAGGGAAUAGUAAAAUUUGCAAAGCAGUUUUUGGAUCUUAUUGAUGCUGCAGAUGCUACGGCACAAGCUGACAUUGCUCGUGAGGCUCUUAAGAGAUUAGCUGCUGCUGGUUCUGUCAAAGGUGCUCUACAAGGUCAGGAGUUAAGGGGACUAUCUCUACGACUUGCAAAUCAUGGAGAGUUGACCCGGUUAACUGGGUUGGUAAAUAAUCUUAUCUCAGCUGGACAAGGACGUGAAGCAGCAUUUUCAGCUGCAGUUUUGGGAGACAAUGCUUUAAUGGAGAAGGCAUGGCAGGACACUGGAAUGCUGGCAGAGGCUGUUCUUCAUGCACAUGCUCAUGGGCGACCAACAUUGAAGAACCUGGUCCAGUCCUGGAAUAAGAUGUUACAGAAAGAGCUUGAGCCUGUCCCAUCAACAAAAACUGAUGCUACAGCUGCUUUUCUUUCUUCACUGGAGGAACCCAAGCUUACAAGUUUGGCCGAAGCAGGGAAGAAGGCACCAAUUGAGAUUCUACCUCCAGGGAUGUUGUCUCUAUCCAAUCCCAUCAGUCUUCCAAAGAAGCCAGCUCCUGCCACCCAAGGCUCCCAGCAGCAGCCAGGCAAGCCAAUGCUACUAGAAGCACCUCCUCUGGCUGCUCCCCCAGUGAGUGCUCCAGUUUCAUUGGCAAUAAGUGAUCCAGUUGGACCACCGAGUGCUACACCUUCAUCUUCAUUGAGCGAUCCAAUUGCCCCACCUGAAAGUACUUCAGAACCAGUUGCAAGUACACCUGCAUCAAGUACUACAAUAGCAGCAAGCACACCACCCCUAGCAUCCAACGGUGCUGAAAUGGGUGAUACCCAGUGGACGAAUGUUCCAACUCCAUUGGAAGGGACUGAUCCACUUGCUUGACAAGAGUUUCAAACCCUGCCAAUUGAAGCCGGUGCAUAUGGUAAACACACUAGCUUCAUUGAUGAAAGUUACUUUCUUUUUCUUUUAUUUUUUCGGGGGACGGGGGGGGGGGGGGGGGGGUGUAUUGAGGUUCGGUUGUCUGAGUUGUGAUUAUUUCCUUUGUUACAUUUUUGAAUUUAACUCCAUUAGAGAAAAAAGUUUGUGUAGUAUAUUCCCCAACCCCUAGGCUCCCUUGUCACAUGAUUUCCAAUGGCAUCUAUAGAGCAGGCCAUUUAUGGGUUGUAUUAUAUAAUGAAAGCAACGAGUUGUGUAUCAUAUAUGGUAAUGGAUACGUUUUAGGUUCUUUGCA